GGUAAAUGGCAUCCCUCCAACUGCCUUUCAUGUUCAUCUCGCUUUCAUAAAUGAGCUGAGACGGCCCACCUCUCUCUUACGUGGUCGUCUAUAUGUCUUCCUUCUCUUCCUUUCUACCGGGUCCUCAAUUCAAUUGUUUUUCAUGGCCCUUCUUUUCUUUGGCAGGCCCCUUUUUUGUUUUCUUUUGGAUUGUUGGUGAGCUAAUUUCAAGCUGUCAUGUGACCCUUCUCUAACACUAGAAAACCCAUAUUUAUUUUUAUAUUUGGGGUUUUGGGGACUAGACAAGGAUGUGUAUUUCAGUUUUAUCUAGAUGGAGACUGUCUUUUUGCUGAGGAAUUUGAGAUUUUUUAGGGUUUGGGUAUUGCAGUUUAAUGUCAUUCAUUGCUUUGUUUAUGGGGUAUGAGGCUUUCCAGUUACCGGCUUCCCAUAUAUAACUUUUUUCCUUUUUAGUGUUUGCUGUGAUAUGUAGCAAAAGUUUUAGGUUGUGGGUUGUUCUAUUUGUGCUUCUCGUCUUGACAAUUGGCUCUGUGAGCCACAGCAGCCUAUUGUGGUUGGUUUCUGCUCUAUGAUCCUCGAUUUUUUGGAGUGGAAUUUGUUGCGAAGGUUUGGGUCUAUGGGUUGCUUUCAAUUUUCUUCUAGGGAGAAGAAGGAAGAAAGGAAGAGUGGGAAGUCAGGAUCAGGGUCUACACAGUAUAACAGCGGCGGUUCGACCGACCAUGAACAGAGGGGAUCAGGUUCUGAGUUCAAUUCCCAGAACACAUCGGAUGUCAGCGGCGAUUCCUCAGGGAGAAGCAUGUUUCCGAGCUUUUCUCAAAGACCUUGCAGCAACCUUCGUGUGUUGUCCUUCUCGGAGCUCAAAGCUGCAACAAAGAAUUUCAACCGGUCGCUUAUGGUAGGAGAAGGAGGAUUUGGUUGUGUCUAUAAAGGAAGUCUCCGAAGUCUAGAUGAUCCCAGUUCGAGGCUAGAAGUUGCUGUCAAACAAUUGAAUAGGAAAGGCUUACAGGGCCACAAGGAAUGGAUAACAGAGGUAAAUGUCCUUGGAGUUGUCGAGCACCCAAAUCUUGUCAAAUUAAUCGGUUAUUGUGCUGAUGAUGAUGAAAGAGGGAUCCAGCGGCUUCUUGUCUAUGAAUUCAUGCCGAAUGGAAGUGUUGAGUACCACUUAUCGCCACGUACUCCCAUGCCACUUCCAUGGUCUAAAAGAUUGACAAUAGCUUUGGAUGCAGCUCGUGGUUUGACUUACCUCCAUGAAGGGAUGGAUUUUCAGAUUAUCUUUCGUGAUUUAAAGACGUCUAAUAUUCUGUUGGAUGAGCAGUGGAAUGCAAAGUUGUCAGACUUUGGCUUGGCCAGGCAGGGGCCUGGGGAGGGACUUAGUCAUGUGUCCACAGCAGUAGUUGGGACAAUCGGGUAUGCUGCUCCAGAGUAUCUUCAGACUGGUCGCCUCACUGCCAAGAGUGAUAUCUGGAGCUUUGGUGUUGUACUCUAUGAGCUCAUAACAGGAAGACGCCCAGUGGACCGCAAUCGACCAAAAAGUGAGCAAAAGGUUUUAGAGUGGGUGAGGCCAUACAUUUCAGACAGCAAAAAGUUCCAUAUGAUCAUUGACCCAAGAAUUAAUGGGCAAUACAAGUUGAAGACUGUUCAGAAGCUUGCAGCUGUGGCCAACAGGUGCUUGGUCAGGCAGCCAAAAGCACGUCCAAAGAUGAGUGAAGUGCUAGAGAUGAUUAAACACAUUGUUGAAACUUCUGAAGCUAUGAACCCUGAUAGUGAUAUGGGGAAUUCUUCUAUGAACAGCCAUGCAUCUCAAUCAAGUUGUGAAAUGGCCAGUUCAGAUAAUGCAUUGGAUGCUAAGAUCAUGGAAAACGGACGAUCACCAUUGCGCAUGUGGAUGCCGAAGUUGAUAUGGUCUUGCUGAUUGCUUUAUUGCUGCUGGUUCAGGUGACUGCUGCUUCUGCUAUUCCAUUCCGUUCCGAAAGUUUGGGCAAGUGCAUCUUUGUUCUUCCUUUUUAUAAUUCGACAUAACAGAGAGUGGGGUACUUGUAUAUGUAUGUAUAUGUAGGUGUACAUAUGCUUUGCUUGCAUAUGUGCAUUUUUGAGAAUAGAGUACACAAGCUAAGGAUGGAAGACUUCAUUUCAGUUUUGUUGGACAUUUAAUUGUUAUUUUCACGUUAGGGGCUAAGCCAACAAAAAAUGUACAUGUUCUACUUUACCUGUUGGCACAUGCUCUCUCUUUCUCUCCCUCUCCUUCUUUCUCUUCUAUGAGUGUCCCAGCUGUAAAAAGAACCGUAUAGCUUAUUCAGAUCGUUUUUUGUUUUCUUC